ACUCCGGCCGACCAGACCUCUCAGAAUCCCGACGGGGAAGACUUAAACGCCGUAGUUUCCGCGCAGCUUCGUGAUCUCAUGGACGCCCUUGCACUCGAUUCGGACCAUGAAUUUUCCUAUAAACUUCCAAUCGAAGAAGCUCUCGACGCAUCACUCGCUUCCUCUGCCUCUUCCUUCACUCCUCUGCCAGAAUUUCAAGAACUCGAAGGGAAUGAUAUCACGACAAUCGGUACGCUCCACUCCAGUGAACUCGGGGAAUGCGAUCAAAUAUUCCAAGAAUGGCUGCAAUCGGCGUUCGACACUCGCAGGACUCACGAUUCCGGGGAGAUUCUAAAUAUUCCCGAUGGUGACUUGAGUGAGCGCGGAUAUAGUAUUGAGAAAUCCUUCGGGGAGGGAUCCUCGAAGAGCGAGGAGAAUCAGGGCGUUUCUAGCCUCUAUUUCAAGGGUCUUGUAAGUGAGGUAGGGAUUGGAAUAGGUGUUGCGAUUUGUAAUCCAAAGAAUGAAUUAGUCUUCGAGGUGAAACGACGUCUUGUAGGAAACGAAAGGAGCAAAAUGGUGGCUGAGUGUAAGGCUUUGAUUGCAGGGCUGAACGCAGCUAUUGAUUUGGAAUUGAAGCAACUUUGUUUUUACUGCGAUUACUAUCCGCUUUAUCAAUUUGUAACUGGUAGAUGGCUGCCCAAGCAGCGCAAGGUUGCCGCUCUAUUCAGACAGAUAACUCAUCUUCAAGCACGUUUCGACUCUUGCUAUCCCAGGCUUGUGGCUCGACAUGAUAUCAAAUUUGCAUUCAAACUAGCCAGAGAAGCAAUAGUUCCUCAGAUCACACAAACUGAAGAUCCUGUCCCAAAGAAGCUAAAUGAGACUUGUGUUAUUUGUUUGGAGGAUUGUGAUGUUAAUAGGAUGUUUGCGGUUGAUGGCUGCUUGCAUCGGUACUGCUUUUCUUGUAUGAAACAACACAUGGAAGUGAAAUUACUUCAAGGUUUGGUGCCAAAGUGUCCGCACGAGGGCUGUAUGAUCGACCUCAACGUUGAUAGCUGCACAAAAUUCUUGACACCUAAAGAUAUGGCUACCAUGCGCCAACAUCUUAAAGAGGCUUCCAUACCAGUUUCUGAGAAAGUUUAUUGCCCAUAUCCGAAAUGCUCGGCUCUAACGACAAAAGGCGAGGCCUUGGAAUACACUAAAGAUGUUCUUGGUAGUGCCAACCAAUCUGGAUUGAGGAAAUGCAUCAAGUGUCAUGGUCUUUUCUGCAUCAACUGCAAGGUUCCUUGGCAUAAUCUCGUUUCAUGCAGGAACUAUAAAGGGUCAAGUAAUCUGGAAUUAGAAGAUGUGAAAUUGAAGUCCCUGGCAUCGACGUGCCUGUGGCGCCAAUGUGUGAAAUGUAAUCACAUGAUUGAACUUGCUGAAGGUUGCUAUCACAUGACUUGCAGAUGCGGUCACCAGUUUUGCUAUAAAUGUGGAGCGGAAUGGAAAGUUAAAAAGGCGACGUGUUCUUGCCCGCUCUGGAGUGAGGAUUGUAUCUGGUAUAAUGAUAAUAAUAGGGAAUUGGAUCUUGAUGGUAUAUACUUAGAUGAAGAAGAAGAAGAAGAAGAAGAGUUUUAUGAUUCAGAUGAUGAACAUUAUUAUCUUUGAUCAAAAAAUGAGAAAGAAUAGAAAAACAAUCCUUCUUGUUUAUCUUCAAUUUGAGUCAAAUGAUCUGAUCCAA